AUGUCUUACAACAGUUUAGACUAUAUAUCAAAAUUAAAUUUAGAAUCUUUUGAUACUCUACAAUUCCCAUCAGAUCAAAAUGAUUUAGCUUCAUUCACUGAUUCUUCAUUCUUUGAUUUUGAUCAAUUCCCAAUCUCUCAAGAUCUUAAAUUUGAAAAUCAACAAGAAUUCCAAAAUCAAGUUAAUCAAAUACCUGAUGAAAACUUAUCUUUUGAAUUAAAUAAAGAUACUUUUAAAGAACCAUUACCAAUAGAACCAAAACAAACAGAACCAAAACAAAUACAACAACAACCAGAAAUUAAAUCAGAAUCAAAAAUUUCAAUAAAUUCUCCAUCAAUUCCAAAUGAUGCUUAUAAUGAAUUUGACAAGAAGAAGAGAAAUACAGCAGCAAGUGCAAGAUUUAGAAUUAAAAAAAAAUUAAAAGAACAAGAAAUGGAAAAAAAUUUAAAUGAAUUAAAAGAAAAAAUUAAUCAAUAUAACCUAAAGAUUCAAAAAUUAGAAAUGGAAAAUAAAUGUUUAAAAUCGCUUAUUAUUGAAAAAAAUGAACAAAAAUCAAAUGAUUUAUUGAAACAGAUUAAAGAAAGAUCAAUAACAAGAACAUAG